CAGCGACAAGACUCGCGGUGGUAUCGACCUUCUUGACGUCACCGAUCGACACAAGCGCGCCUUGCCUUAUAUAGCAAGCGAUUGCGCGCGCAAUGUCCUCCAGCGCCGGCCACGAGCGCGACACGGCCGAUCCCACCUCCCUUGCGCCGCCUCAGCCCAUCCAGGACACCGAGAAUUCGCAAGUGGACGUCGGGCGCCCUGAUUCGCACUACGCCGAGUCUGCGACGAACACCAACGCACCGUAUAUACCCAACUCAUCGGCGUCAGGCAUCCUUCCCGAUCCGUCGAUUGCAUCGACACCACGUGUCGCCUCGUCCUACGGCACGCCCACGGCGACACCGAACGAGGCCUCCUCUGAUGCACUCGGAGGGACCGCAGCAGCCGCCACGACUGCUGCUGCCACAAAAGAGGCUACGGACGUUCCUGGGUCAAAAGAAGCGCUGGCGCACCCCGGCGCAGCACACCCGGCUAGACGACCGUGGUACAAGCGGCCGGUCUUCUGGCUGCUGGCGUUCAUCGUGUUGGCGGUUGUGGUGCUUGUUGUAGUAUUGCCGGUGUGGUUCGUGGGCGUCAAGGGACACAAGCACACUGGCAGCAGCUCUUCCGCGUCUAGUGGAGGUGGCACUACGCCUAAGUCGACGGUGACUACAACUGGCGGGAAUGGCAGUACGGUCACGACUGAUGAUGGUUCAACGUUCACCUACAUCAAUGAUUUUGGCGGUUUCUGGGUGUCCGACCCGACCAACCCAUUUAACAACUCUGCUCAGCCAAAUUCAUGGACGCCGCCGCUCUCGGAGUCAUGGAACUGGAGCAAGGACCGUAUCUACGGCGUGAACCUGGGCGGGCUGUUCGAGCUGGAACCGUUCAUCAGUCCGAAACUGUACCAGGCGAAUCCAGGUAGCUUGGACGAGUGGACGCUUGACCUCUUGCUGCGCGCAAACGGCAGUAACGGUGGCGAGCUGGGCAAGGAGGAGUAUGGGUUGCAGGAUGUGAUGGAGCUGCACUACAACGAGUUCGUCACCGAGCAGGACAUCGCGGAGAUUGCGGGUGCUGGCUUGAACUGGAUCCGUGUUCCUAUUCCGUUUUGGGCCAUCGAGAGCUGGAGCAAUGUGGGCGUGGCGAACGGGACGACGGUCAGCGAGCCAUUCCUGGCGAAGACCUGCUGGCCAUACAUCCUUCGCCUCUUCGGAUGGGCUCGCAAGUACGGAUUGCGCAUCAAUCUUGAUCUGCACACGAUCCCGGGCUCGCAAAACGGCUACAAUCAUUCGGGCAAGUACGGGAUAGUCAACUUCUUGAAUGGUGUGAUGGGUGUGGCCAACGCAGAGCGUGCUCUUGAAUACAUCAGGGUCAUCACUGAGUUCAUCACGCAGGAAGAGUACCAGCCGCUGAUCCCGAUGUUUGGCAUCGUGAACGAACCAUUACUGGCAACUAUCACAUUGGACACUCUCACUACUUUCUACUUGCAAGCAUACUGGGUGAUGCGCAACAUCACUGGAGUAGGUGAAGGCAACGGACCAUACAUAUCUAUCCACGACGGCUUCAUGGGCACGGACUACUGGGCGGGCUUCCUCGCGGGCUCGGACAGGAUUUCUCUCGGUGCGUACCUCCUUCUCCCGCGACGGCGUGCCCUUGUGGCGCAAGCUGACGUGUCCAUCGCACCUUGCUUCUCACAUCUGUAUGCGGCCUCCUACGCGUUGC